GCACAUAGAUCUUGCUCACAUUCGAAUGACAUAACGAUUGCCCUUUCACUUCGUCUUGAAAUGGCUGGUGGAGCCUUCAAACUCACUUCGCUGGAUCCGAGGUAUACCCGGCUCUACGUCAAGACCAACAGGCGUAUCUACAUACAAAACACCAUCAACCUUUUGCACGCCAGCUUGCACCGUCGGGAUGCCGUCAGGGCGUACAGGUGUUGGGCUAUACUAGUACGAUGCCCCGAGAUCGACUUUAGGUCGACAUGGAAAUGGGCAUUGCCCGUGCUCGACCUCAUCGACUCGGACAGGGAUUACCCCGAACUCUAUCAGACCCAAGCCUCAUCUUCAUCCUCUUCGCAACCCUUGACGGGAGAUACGGCUCUUCUGAACGAGAUCAGGAACGGGAUGGACCAUCGUGCGAAAGAGGCGUACUUGAAGAGGAUGUUGGCGGUAGCGCAUCAGUGGCAGAAACCGGAAAUUCUCACCUCCCUCGUCGUCCACCUGCUCUCGCAACACCUCUACGAAGAAGCCCUCCAACAGCUCGAGUUAUACCUGACGAUCUUCCCCUUCGCACUAUCCGCCAUCAUUCACACAUACACGGGCUUGGUCCUCUUUUACCUAGCGCAGCCGAGAAAAGUCUACCCGGACCCAGGCUCGCAAGCAUUCUCUCAGUUCCCGAAUACGCAGCAUUAUCCUUCUUCCCCGGCAUCAGCAUCGAUCCCGCCGAGGCUGUCCGGCUUUUCUUCGUUACAACUGGGUGACGACCCGGAUAUCGACCCGGACCUAGACCUGGACUUCAAUUCCAAUUCCAACUCGGAUCCCCGGCGAUCGAAGAUGCAGCGGGAUAUGCAAGGAUGGGACGUCCCCAGAUUACGACAGGCGUUGGUCAGGUUCAAUGCGGCCGUAGAGAUCGAAAAGGACGAGGAAAAGGAGGCUGCGGACAAGGCCAAGGCGAGGGCACAGUAUGCGGGGGAUCCGAGUUUGGGGGUGAUCAGGCGGGCUGUGGGGGGGAGUGUGGCUAGGGGGUUCGUCAAGGAGAUCAAGGCGAUGCUCGUCGUAGUAGAUGGCAGAUUUACUGAAGAUGCGGAUUCGAGCGGCGAUGAGCAGAAAAACGGAUGGAGCGACGAGGAGGAGGAUGCGGGAGAUGACGAUAGGAUGGACGAAGAUGACGAUCAGGAAGAGGACGAUGAUGAUGACGACGAUGAUGAUGGUGCUGAGACUGGGACAGGUCAGGCGGGGCGGAACAGGGCCGCUGUUCAGCCUGUCAUACCGGUCACGCCGAGAAAACGUGGACGGCCGCGUUUAUCGUCGACGUCCAGACCUCAACCGACCAGUGGGUCCCGGAAGACUACGACUAAAGCGAUGAAAACACCAACACGCACACCGAAUCGGACGCCAAAUCGCACACCAAAUCAUACUCCUGAUCCGUCCUCGGCCCGAUCUUCACCCGGACCAACACCUCAGAGCAGGUCCAUCCGGUCGACCCGGAACUUGCAACCCAUGUAUCAUACCAAAGUCCAUCCGCUCGAUGCGCUGGACGACGAGCCGGCCCCUCCAGGACAGGCGCCUAGAAGGCCAAUCUCGGAUUCGAGCUCGAGCGACGACGACGACAUGCGUAUGGGACGGACACCGAGCGGACGCGGCGUCAAGCGGAAGAGUCGGAGUAGGAGUAGGAGCCGGAUGCGGCCCAUCAAGGGCAAGGUUAGGGACGAGGAUGCGUAUAUGGACAUGGAGGUGGAAAAGGAGAAUAAGCAGCCAAUGGAGAUGGACGAAGGGGGCGAAUACAGCGACCGUUCGAUAGGCUAGUCGUUUCUUCCCCUUCAACUGUAGCCAAUACCAUCAAGUAGCUUUCAGCUCAUGCCGACCGUCAGAACCUGAACCUUCCGAUCGUGCA